AUGGCACGUUACUUGGUAGCACCGUGGCCUUCAGUCCUUCAUUUUCAUCUCAUUUUCUUAUUUUCUAUGAGCAUACUCAGCUUGCAACCUGAAAUCUGUCUCAGCAAUAGUAUGGGAAAUGUGACUGAUCGUAUUUCGCUUUUGGAGUUCAAAGCCAAGAUAGCCAGUGAUCCAUAUGGAAUCUUGAGCUCAUGGAACGAUUCUGUCAACUUCUGUCAAUGGCAAGGGGUUAUUUGUGGCCCAAAACACCAUAGAGUUGUGUCUCUAAACCUGCACGGGCUGAGCUUGUCAGGGACCUUAUCUCCAUAUACAGGUAACCUCACCUUCUUAAGGGUCCUCAACCUUAGUGACAACAAAUUUCAUGGGGAAAUUCCCCAAGAAGUUGGCCGUCUGUUUCGUCUAAGACUUUUCUACCUGAAGAACAACACACUGGGAGGAGAAAUUCCAAUCAACAUCAGCUUCUGUUCAGAGCUCAGGGUUAUCAGUUUGGCCAUUAACCGCUCAGUGGGGGAAAUACCUGCGGAGCUAGGUUCUUUAAAGAAGCUCGUGGCACUUCUCCUCGGUUCAAACAACCUUAAGGGAAAGAUCCCACAUUCUGUUGGAAACCUUUCGUCCCUCCAAGGUUUCUUUGUAACAUAUAAUCAUAUGGAAGGAAAUAUUCCAAAUGAAUUGGGACGAAUAACAAGCUUAACUAUGCUUGGGAUGGGAAUCAAUAAUCUGGUUGGUUCAAUUCCUUCUACCCUCUACAACAUCUCAUCCAUCGUGGCGCUAUCUGUUUCAGAUAAUCAAUUGCAUGGAAGGCUCCCAGCAAAUAUAGGGCUCACUCUUCCUAACCUGCAAAUUUUUCAAAUCGGAGGGAAUCAAUUCCACGGAAGUAUUCCAGAUUCGUUGACGAAUGCUUCUCAGCUUGAAAUAUUUGACAUAUCUAGCAACAGAUUCACAGGACAAGUCCCAAUCAAUCUGGGAGAUUUGAAUGGUCUUCAACGGCUGAACUUGGAACGCAAUUUUCUGGGCAAUAAUUCAAGGCAGGAUUUGGCUUUCAUAACAUCUUUGUUAAACUGCAGCAAUCUCCAAAAACUAUAUCUUGCUGAUAAUAAUUUUGGCGGUGCAUUACCGAGCACUAUAGCAAAUAUGUCUACCCUUGGGGAUUUAGGUUUAGGAAUGAACCAAAUAUCCGGUAGAAUUCCAGCAGACAUUGGGAAUCUAGUCAAUUUGUAUCGACUAGGCAUGGAGGAAAACCUUUUUUCUGGCAGCAUUCCCAUUUCUUUCGGGAAGCUUCAAAAGCUGCAACUAUUGUCUUUGCAUACAAACAUGUUGUCUGGACAAAUCCCUCAAUCCCUAGGUAUCCCAGAACUGCAACUACCGGCAUGUCCCAAGCGAAAGAAACACAAAAAGUCUCCUACUGCCAUUAUUCUUCCAACAAUCUUCAGUUCAGUUGUGCUUUUCAUGACAAUAACAUCCUUAACGGUUUUCUACUGGCGAAAAUCAAAAAAAUCAAGAAAGAAUCCACCAUCCAAUGGUAAUAAUUGGUCAAGGAAUUUAAACCUUCUUCAAAGGCUUCGUGUCGCCAUUGAUUUGUCAUUUGCAUUGCAUUACCUUCAUGACCUUUGUGAAACGCCAAUCAUUCACUGUGACCUGAAGCCAAGCAACAUUCUGCUUGACAAUGACAUGACUGCUCAUGUUGGUGAUUUCGGAUUAGCAAGGCUCCUUUCCAAAACAACUAACACUUCUUCUCAAGGCCAAACAAGCUCCAUCGGGAUUAAGGGAACAAUUGGUUAUAUGCCUCCAGAAUAUGGAAUAGGUAGCGAGGCAACAAAAGAUGGAGACGUGUACAGCUUUGGAAUAAUUUUGUUGGAGAUUUUCACAGGAUGGAGACCAACUGAUGAAGUGUUUACAGAUGGUUUGAAUCUUCACAAUUUUGUUAGGUCUAAGCUACCAGGACAAGUAAUGCAGGUUCUGGAUCCCAAGCUUAUUGCAACAGGAGAAGUGGGAGCAAAAGAAAUUGUUGAAGGCAAGGAGGGUGAUGAUGGUCAAACAGAAAUUAAAGAAAAUAAUUUCGAUGUUGAAAAUUUGAAAUCACCGGGAAGCAACAUGCAAAUUGUUGUAUCAGUCCUCAAAAUAGGACUCGCAUGCUCAGCAGAACAACCGGGAGAUCGAAUGAAUAUGAGAGAUGUCACAAGAAAACUAAACAUCAUCACAGAGGCUUUCUUUCGUGCAAGGACACUCUAA